UUCUUUCGGUACAAGUUAGAGAUGGAAAAACACCAAUGAUAACCUGCCAAAUAUCGAUAUUACCUAUAUUUUAAAAACAUCGAUGACAUUGUCGGUUUAUGUACGUCGUCUCGGUCGAAAAAGCUUAUAUGAACUGCACAUAAGUCAGCAAAGCUUUCUUUUCUCGUCUUUCUAUUUGCGGCUUUAUUGGUGUCGGUUGCUGUUCGUGGCCUGUCGUCGUGUACUGUGUCGAAUGAACAGAAAGUUGAAAAUUAUCAUAUAUCUCAUCCAAAGUUCUGUUUUGUUUUCUGAUUACGAUACAUCUGCGAUACAGUGCCAUUUAACUCCUAACUGCAGUGUGAAACGUGUGUGUCCAGUUUGUUCGCAUUCUGCCUCUCUAAACUGAUGUGUGUGUGUAUGUAUGCAUACACUACAAUAUAUGCACAUACAUAUGUCUGCAUAUACAUACGAAAUCGAAAUUAUGCAAAAUGUGCAAUAUAAUGCGAAGCCAAGUUAAGGAGCAGUGCUUCAAACAAGAAAUUGAUGAAAAUGUAACUUUUAUGUAUGUGUGCGAAUUCCCCUGUACUUAUCCUGUGCUCAAGCCGUCGAACGAAACGCAUGCUUAUAGCGCAUCUGGUACUUAACACACCUAACGAAGUAAUUUGAUUGAGACUAAGGCAUGAGAAAUAGUAUACGAAAUAUAAUUUUUGAUGGAAAUGCUAUUGGAAACGAUCAAUUGACGAUGGACGUUUUAUAAAUAGGGUAUGCAAGUGGAAAGUGAAAACAUCCCACUGAUAAGUAGUUCCUUCACUCACGCGCCUACAGUAGCUUCAUUAGACUUAGGAAUAGCUCAAAUACAAGCAAUAAGUUUUGUUGCUGCCUUACAGGAUUUUAUAAGAAUUCUGCAGGCUUUGAAAUUUUCAGUGACUGGUCAAGCCAAAGUGCAGGGGGCAAAGAUUCCCGUUAGCACUGUAAUGGCAUCAAAGGUGGAUGAAAGCUUGGCACCGACAGAUGGAACAGUGCCGACAUUGACGCCAUCAACGCCAUACCUAACUAAUUCGGAAAGUGGCAACAAUAAGAAACCAGAGAAGUAUCUUCCCGGCCUGCCUAAUAAUCGCAAACGGCUGAAGCUGUCCACUCUUGAACUAAACAGCAGCCAGGUCAAUGAUGUGUGCAAUCCAAUUACCGACCCUGACGUGGAUCAAAAUGCAAGAAUGUCAGAGAACAAGCCAAAUGAAAUGGCAAAGCAUUUGCCAAGCAACUGCAAUAGCGUCAUUGAGGGGACAUUAUCUGUGGACAGCUCAGAGAGAAAAAGUCCAGAGAAAAUGGUGCCAUUCGAUAAACGCUGUUAUGUGCCACCAGAGCAAGCAUUGGUUACUAGCGUGGAGUUAGUAGUUCCAGCUCCUCAAACCUCUUCAUCAAGCAUGCCGGUUGGGCAGUGCGAGCAACCAAGGCAUGGCGCCCUUGGAGAAGCGCCGACAGCAUCGUCAUCGAUCAUUGAUAACAAACUGCAGUACAGUACGGCUGGUCUGUAUAACUCUAGUAGUUCCACAAGUAUAUUAGCAAACAAUAAAAUCGAUGGUUGUGCAAAUGACUCUUCCAAUUUGAACUUAAGAAUUCCUACUAAGCUAGCAGUAACGACUGAAACGGGUGAUAUUUUGCUGGAUGAUCAAAGGACUUCUUUAUGGACGCCUCACCAUGAUCAGUCUGGGCAGUCGCAGCAGCACAUAGAGUCAGCGUCCAGCGGGAGCAAGCAAGAGCCUGUCGAUGUUAGUCCAGAACUGAUAUACCAACAUCAGCAUCGUCACUCUGAUCUUUUACUUCAAAUCGAGAAGGAAAGCUCUGGAACGGGUGCAUUUUCACAAGCGAUUCCAAUGGCAUUGCAGCCCCACCAUAAUAAUGCGACGCAGGAGCAAUAUGGCCAAACAGAAGCGCCUUCUAUCAUGGAUAGUCAGUUGCAUAAUAAUUUUUAUACACAAAUGAUGCAGCAGCAGCAUCUUCAUCAAAAUCACCAGCCACAAAGCAUGCAUGAAAGCAGUCCUCGGCAUCAGCAGCAUGCAAGUUAUGCCAGCUAUAUCCCCCCUUAUCAGAAUUCUCCGUUGUUUGGUACCCAUCGAAAUGAUCACCAACGUCAGCACCAACAAGAGCAACCGCUUCAACAUCCCAUGGAGUGUCAUGGGCACCUACACCAGCCGUCCCUUAUUUCCCAGCAACAUCAUUUGCAGCAUGAACAGCAGCAAACUCAUCAAAACCAACAUCAGCCGACACAGCAAUCACAGCCAUUGCGCGAAGCUUACCAUGAUCUUAUAAUGGAUGAUUUUCACGAGGAGCCGACCACAGCAUUCAAACUAACGCUCUCUCCAAGCAACGCAAAGCCUGAAAAUCAAGAUGAUGGGUACGAGACCAGUGCUGGCGACGUUUUAACUCCGAAUUCGCAUAGUUCGUCCACUCACUCGGUUACCCCUCAACACCAAAUGCAACAUCCUAACAUCGUGCUUUUGUCGCAAAAUCAGAAAAAGUCUGAUGAGCUGCUAUUGGCAAAGAAUCCCCUCUCUGGAGAAGCUCACAAUGACCCCAGUGCAUCUUCAUCCAACGGUAAUCAAGUACAGGUUUCCGCCUCCCAGACACAUAUCGAGCUAAGUGGGGGCACUCGGUGCUCCAGUCAUGCAUCUGUGGUCGAUCCGUACAGUUUUAUGGGUGAGGAAAUGCGAAUGCAUUCGGCAGCCCAUCGCCACAUGGAAAAUGUAACGACUGGAACGACGGGAUACGCGACAGGACCAGUUUCAAUGCCAACGUCAAAUGGUGCUCCAGAGUGUUUAAGCGGAGAAAUAUACCAACCCACCCAACAUAGUACAAUUAUUUUGGAACAAACUGAUAACUCUCAAUGUGGCUUACACUCUAAGCCGACACCAAAAAAGAGAGGGCGCAAAAAAAAGUUGGUUGCUGACAGUACUGAAACCACGCAAUUAACAACACAAGCGAUUCAACAGGACAGAUCUGGCGGCACUUCAGUCUGCGAAGAUGGUACUGGUGAUCUAUUGCAAACCAUGAAACCCAAGGAACGCAAAAAACAUGACAGAUUCAAUGGAAUGUCCGAGGAGGAAGUAAUUAAACGGACAAUUCCAGAUCAUCUGUGUGAUAAUCUUGAUAUCGUUAUAGUCGGAAUAAAUCCUGGAUUGUUUGCCGCAUACAAGGGUCAUCACUAUGCAGGGCCAGGCAAUCACUUCUGGAAGUGCCUUUACUUGGCGGGACUCACUCAGGAGCAAAUGAAUGCUGAUGAAGAUCACAAACUGCUAAAGCAAGGAAUUGGAUUUACUAACAUGGUGGCGCGAGCCACCAAAGGUUCAGCUGACCUUACAAGAAAGGAAAUAAAGGAGGGCAGUCGAAUUUUGCUGGAAAAGCUGCAGAGGUUUCGGCCAAAAGUAGCCGUUUUCAAUGGCAAACUAAUAUUCGAGGUGUUUUCAGGAAAAAAGGAGUUUCAUUUUGGUCGUCAACCUGAUCGCGUCGAUGGCACUGACACCUAUAUUUGGGUGAUGCCAUCAUCAUCAGCACGAUGUGCGCAAUUGCCUCGUGCUGCCGACAAAGUUCCGUUUUAUGCGGCUUUGAAGAAGUUCCGCGACUUUCUAAACGGCCAGAUACCCCAUAUUGAUGAGUCGGAGUGCGUGUUUACAGAUCAGAGGAUCCGCCAGUGUAGCGAGCAGCAGCAGACAGAAACCAGUGGUAAAAUCAAGCAACCACUUCAAACUUCUAUUAGUGACCAUCAAGCGGGUAUGGCUUUCGUGGGUAACUGUGGCCCAAGGGCAGGGGUUGCGGAGUGUGAAAAUAAUGUUUUAUCUGUCGCCGAGGAUUCGAAUCAGGUUCAAUCUGAAAAAUUGAUGUCUCAUAUGAAUACCAAUGUGCCAUCGACUAAUAAUGUGACGGACCGUGGAUCAUUUUCCUAUUCGGGAGACGAAAGACCCAUGCUAACAGUAUCGAACCAGAAUCCCCCUCUAAGUGAAAACACUUACUUGUCUGUGUUUGGCUCGCAGCAAUCUCUUCCACAGCAGCCAAUAGAGAAAAAAAAACGGGGCCGUCCAAAGAAGAUAAAGGGGCAAGAGAUUAUUGAUCAUUCCGUAGGCAGUAAAAUAACCAUAGGCGGACAACAUAUGCCCCAUCAUGAUUUUAACAAUAUACUUAACCUCUCGGUAAUCUCUGGCAGUGGCAGCAUUGAAACUCCUAAAAAGAAGAGGGGUAGACCAAAGAAACUGAAACCCGCUAUUGACAACAUAAUGACAGUGAAACCGCUUCAGCACGGAAACAACAAUCCAAACACAGGACCAGGAUUGUCAGUAAGCUCAAUGCAUACACUCUCCAUGGAGCAUAUAGCAGCGUCACCACAAAGUAAUCAUCAAAUGCCGCCCAGUUUGUACAAUACCCCGCCACCGUCGCACCUUUUGUACACGGCAUCGGCAUCACCGAUGGCAUCCCCCGCCCUUAAUUGCAGUUAUACCCAAGUGCACGGUCAUGGAACUCCACCGGUAGGGCACCAAACUACCGUUGCUCUUGGCACGUCGCCUAACAUCGAUUCCCAGAACGAACACCUUUCUACACAGAAACAGAAUCAGCAUGGGAACUUGGAGAUUGGACUUGAUAUGCGGGAUCAACCCCACUUGGGUGAAACGCCACCUCCAAGCUCGCCAAACAUGUGCACCGCUGUCGAUUUCGACCCACCAGACGAGCACUCAGAUUCCCAGGUGCGCUCAGGUGAGCAUACUAAAGCUGUUGAGAUAGGCCAACAGCAACCGCAAUCAGUGGAUAAGGACCAGUAUGAUAGUCCGGCGCACGAUGGCGAUGCGAGCCCAGCUAAUCCUCAUAUCCAGUACCAACAGUGGCUACCACCGCAUCCCCACCAAAGUCAUCAGCCAGCCCAAAAACUGACACAUCAGCACUUGCAUCACCCCAUGCAGCAUUUUCAUCAGGAACAGUCGGAGAACUGGCAGCGCUACGAGGAACAAAAUGCGAAUCCCUAUAUGCUGAUUUCUGCACACCACCAGCAUCUGGCUCCACGCGUGGGAAAUCAAAGCCAUCAGAAUUCUUCUCAAUCAGGACACAUUAACUCAGAUGUAGCUCAUAAAAGCUUGUGUGGCCUCGAGUCGCUUGUUGAUCAAAUACCAUCAAUAAGAGAGCACGAGUGCAGCAACAUAACAUCGGCGACAGCAGCGGCAGCAGCGGCUGCUGUUGAAAGUCGUUUGUUAGGUUUGCAGCACCACCAUCAACAACAGCAACAUCAGCAGCAGCAACCACAACAACAGCAACUGCACAUCCAACAACAACAGCAGCAACCAAAACGUUGUAAUCAAGAAAAUACGGCACAAGCGGAGUCAUGUAGACCUACGAGAGAGAACAGCAACGUGAUCAAUAACAAUUUCUCAGUAAGCAGUCUAGUUGCUUCUGCUUCGACUGCAAGAACUGACAACGAAGCUAUAUACGGAAACAGUGGAGAAAGCCGUGGCAACAGUGAAAGCGGAAAUAGUAACAACAAUUGUAGCAACAGUAUUGACUAUCCUAUUCUUAGCCCGUCCGGUUAUCCUCAUCAUGCCACUCAUCUGAUCGGUAGCGCUCUUGGGGUAACUGUUAAUAGUUCGGAGCCAAAUCCCCAUCCGCUUUCCCAUCCUCAUCCGCCUCCUCACCCACAUCCGCAUCCAAUGUAUAUGGAACAAGCGCACCACGUGGCACAUAUCCCUCAAGUAAAUGUAAGUUCAAUGUACGGUCCAUCUGCAUAUGGAUCGCAUCCACAACAUAACACAGGAGAAUAUGCAGCAACACACGGUCACUAUGGUCUGGGCAGUACCGUUCAGUCUACUGUACCAGCCAGCACAGCAACUUUACAUGUGCCGAGUCCCAAUUAUCCGUUUGGACACAGCCCAUAUAGUCACACACCGCCUCAAGCGAAUUACCCAAGCUAUACUCAUCCACAUACCCAUCAUCAUUCACACCAUAGUCACCCCUCGCAUCACUUGAGCGUAUUUGAUCACUUGAAGCCGUCCGACAUAGGUGGGUACGGCGGUUUUUGAUUAAGAAAACAGGAAGAAGAUCCACAACAACCGAUACCAAAAUCAGAAUCGCAACGAUCCGAACACAGCGACUUGAUGUGAAUGUAAAUUAUAAACUUUUACGAUUUCGCGUCCCGCCGCAUCUCAGCAAUAUUUAUCAAUCUCCGGCCUUGCCGAUUCUAGUUUAAGGAAUUUUUAGAUCUUAUAUAUACAAUAAGAUAACCAAAGACUCCGCCUAAAAUAAUUAUUUAAGCGUUACUUUCUUAAAUUACAAAAUACUACAUAUGAUAAUGUUUACUUAAAUUAUAUACGUAACUUACAGGAAAAAUCUAUAUCGAAAUAUUUUUUUGUACUUAAUAUCAAUUAAUUUAAACAUAUUUUAUUUUAUUCCAACAUAAAUAUUGCAUAACUUACUCGUAAAUAAUAAAGUUUCCAAACAAUAUCCAGACACAAACCCAUGAUUAAAUCUGUGGCCCACAUAGAAUUUUAUUUUACAGUUGACCCAACUCAUCUAGUUCACCAUUAUUGUCUAACAGCUAAUUAUAAAAUGUAUUAAUUUUACUUAAAAGUGUAAUGAUUAAAGCUGAUAAAAAGUGAUUCCUGAUCGAAACAAGUCUCUAAUAAUUAUUAAGAAAUACGUACGUAACAAUAAUGGAAGACAUUUUCAUUAAAAAAAGUGACAACUCCAAGUACUUCCCCAAUUAAAAAAAACUUUUAAUAAAUAUUUAUCAUCCCAUGUUCCGGUUAUCGCCAAACGGUUGAAUUUACUAUUUAAUCGUCAAAUUUUGUGCAUCGAUUAAUGCAAAUCGUACGAUUCUACGGUUAAAACGGUUUAUAAAGGAGUAUUUGAUUUCGUUUUUUUGUUUGGAUAACGGCUACCGAAAGUAUUACAAAUUGUUGUUGGAUAUUAAGAUAUUUUAAAUACAUCGUUGAACAGGUUAUUUUUAAAUAAUAAUUGUCAAAAUUUAGAGCUCAGUAAAAUGUUUUGAGUUAUGCCAAUAUUAAAAGGUAAUCUUUAAGUAAGGAAUUACAUAUUGCGCUGUGAUUUCGUUACCUUUUAUAACGUAGGCAUAAUAUUAUAAAGAUUGAAACCGGUUGCGAUAACUGGAGCAUGAUUUCUUAAAUUGAUUUUAAAAAUUUCAAAUCUUCCUAACAUAAUUAUUUUUACAAUUUUAAAUACAAUUCCUAAAUGGUUUUUGUAAUUGUUUUUUAAAUUGGGUUUGAUUAAAUAACAAAGUAUGGCUACAAAUAUGCGCCAUAUCGCUUUUCUUAUUAAAAGACGCAAUGUAAGCUUAGAAACUAUUAUUAAUAAUGUAUAUAAAUACAUAUAUUAGCAAGUAAAUGUAAAUUUUCUUUUGCUCUAAAAGCCUACUAAAUACUUUGAAUCUAACUGCAUUAUUGUGCAUACUGCGAAUUUAAAUUAAAUUAAAAUAUUUUUAUGUUUAUAGUAAAAAAAAUGUUACUUUAAUUUAUUUAAAAUUUAAUUUUGUGUAUAUUUACGAUCUUAAAAAUUAAUAUUAGCAAGGCAUAAACUACUAAUAAAAACUGUUUUGAAAGGUGCAAUCAAUAAACGAAUAUAUAGUAGAAAUAUAAUCAACCGAAAGCCAUCUCCAAUUAGUGAAAUAUCAAUUAGGGUAUUUUUAAACUUACGUAAUGGUCUAAUUUUUAAAGCUUUCAAGAAUGUGUUUCUUAUCUUGUGUAUGUUUUACUGCAAAAAUAUUAUUCUUCUUCGUUGCUAAGUAAAGUUAUUUUACUUAUAUAUAUAUUACGCUGUGAUAUUGUUUUCUUUGAUACAAGAUCAAUUAAAAUUUUACCCAUUUCAUUUUUAAUAUUAUGAAUACCAAAAAAUUACAUACGGUUUUUGGGCAUUCUUCAAAUCAAUAUUCAAACAGUCUGCUUCGUCUUUCUCAUUAUAAUUUAUGCAUGAGUUUCUUCAAACUAUUAUAUACAAUGUUUAUGUUUGACUUCUGCAAACUAAAUUAAAUUUAUUUUUUCUGCCAGAUAAAAUGUUACUGAAAUAAUCGAAGAUUCAAACUCUAUAGCGUUAUGUUUUACUAAUAUGCUAUUAAUGUGACAUAAAUAUGUACGCAUGUAUGUAUGUAAGUAAUUCUGAAGACUGUGAAGAAUUGUGUAUAUUGCGUAAACAACUAUUUAAGAUAAAACAUAUACCAUGGACGACUAAUGUCUAUAUUCAGCCAAGUAAACAAGUAAAAAUUUUAAAAAUUAAAGUUCGCUCGUAUAUUUA